AUGGAGACGGAUAUAAAGCGAUUUCUUGAAUUGGCAUGUGAAUUCGACGAGAAUUACACGAUGACGAAAUACGUUGUGCAGCGGAUACUUGGCGGACAACAGGAACAUGAUCCUCGUGGUCGAGCCACUGUUGCUUCUGGGUGCGUGUCCGAGAUUUGUGCUGCAUGGAAUCUCGAAGAAAUUUACGAGAAAUGGAGACUCUAUCGACAAAGAAUGAAAUGCAAGAGAAAGAACGAGCUGUGCCCGGAGACUGGCGCACAAUUCAUCGAUGUUACAUUUCCAGUUAAACGCCUCAAGGAUCACACCGCGGGUACGCCGAAAUGUGUGUUGAACAAGUUUUGUGAUGAGCAGAAUUUGGAUAGGCCCAUCUAUAAAACGGCGAUGCGAGACGGUGAUAAACGUUACAUAUCAACGAUCGAUGUGAUGGGAAAGAAAUUUCGCUCUCGUUUUGGACAACCGAAUAAGAAAAUGGCCGAACAGGUAGCCGCCCUUUCCGCGUUGAUUGGUCUCGAUCUUCGACAUAUUCUCAUCGGAAAUUGGGAAGAAGGA